AUGUCGGAAGAGAUCCCCGUUGUUGCUAUUUUUACUCCUGCGGUGGGGAAGGUGGAGAGGCUUAAGGAAGUCCUCCUCAACAUCAUCGCCGAAGUAGAGGAGAAGGAGAUGGGUGUUACGAAAUAUCAAAUGUUCACUCAACUCAACGCAGAAACCGGAAAAGGCGUUAUUUUGUUUCAGGAAACUUACGCCAACCAAGCAGCAGCAGACAUCCACCUUUCAACCCCCUAUUUCGCGGCGCUGAAUGAGACGUUAGUGAAAGAAGCGUUGUUGGAGAAACCAUUUGAGCUUUUUGUUUUGGGUGUUGUGGGGGGGUUUGCGGGGCGUGCGUAG